CUGUCACCGCCCCCCGGCGGCUCCCCACAGGGACGGGCCGGAGCGGCCGCUGCCGCCGCCGCGGGUGCUUGGGCCGGGUCAGUGCUCCCUCCCCUAUUGAAGAUGAACAUUAUGGACUUCAACGUGAAGAAGCUGGCAGCUGACGCGGGCACCUUCCUGAGCCGCGCCGUGCAGUUCACAGAAGAAAAACUUGGUCAAGCAGAGAAGACUGAACUGGAUGCUCACCUGGAGAACCUUCUCAGCAAAGCAGAAUGCACUAAGUUGUGGACAGAAAAAAUAAUGAAACAAACAGAAGUAUUAUUGCAGCCAAAUCCAAAUGCCAGAAUAGAAGAAUUUGUCUAUGAGAAGCUGGACCGCAAAGCACCAAGUCGCAUGAAUAAUCCAGAGUUACUAGGCCAGUAUAUGAUUGAUGCUGGGAAUGAAUUUGGUCCAGGAACAGCCUAUGGAAAUGCACUCAUUAAAUGUGGAGAAACACAAAAGCGAAUUGGGACAGCAGACAGAGAACUAAUUCAAACUUCUGCUAUAAACUUUCUCACUCCCCUAAGAAACUUUAUUGAAGGAGACUAUAAAACUAUUACUAAAGAACGUAAACUAUUACAAAAUAAAAGACUAGAUUUGGAUGCAGCAAAAACCAGAUUGAAGAAGGCAAAAGUUGCAGAAGCUCGAGCUGCAUCUGAACAGGAAGUACGAAUUACUCAGAGUGAAUUUGACCGUCAGGCAGAGAUUACCAGACUUCUGCUGGAAGGAAUCAGCAGCACACAUGCACAUCAUCUUCGCUGUCUGAAUGAUUUUGUUGAAGCUCAGAUGACCUAUUAUGCACAAUGUUAUCAAUAUAUGUUGGAUCUCCAGAAACAACUUGGAAGCUUUCCAUCUACUUUCCUCUCUAACAAUAACCAGUCUUCCUCAACUCCUGUGCAGAGCAUUUCUACUCCGUCAGUCUUGGCCUCAGCCUCUGCUUCACUGCCUUCAGUAAGCAAUUCAAUAGUUACUUCAGGCAUCAGUGAACUGAAGUCAUCAAGUGGCAGCAGGAAGGCUAGAGUUCUCUAUGAUUACGAUGCUGCAAACAGCAGUGAAUUAUCACUACUUGCAGAUGAGGUGAUAACAGUGUACAGUAUCCCUGGCAUGGAUUCAGACUGGCUGAUGGGUGAAAGGGGAAAUCAGAAAGGCAAAGUGCCUAUUACUUAUUUAGAACUGUUAAACUAAAUGGUCGGCCUGAAUGAAGACUGUCAGUUAUGGUGACACCAUAUUUAUAUACAAUUAACGUUAUGUAAGCAGGUUUAAGUGUCUUCCAUGUUAUUGUCUUGAGGGACAAAUACCAGCCAUUACAAUCUGGCUUUUCUGCCAGCAUGGUUGCAUGGUAAAUACUCUAUUCAGACUUAAUGUGUUUAAAGCUUUUACUUCAUGUGCCAAGAACAGGUUUCCUACAGAUUUGUUUCUACUGAGAUUUUCACUAAUACAAGCUUUUACUUUUGAGUAAUCUAGAUUGAAAGCAGGAGGUACUGUUUUCUACUGAAAUUUUUCAUUAAUGGCAAAGCUUUUCUUCUCAUAAAAUAAAGUUAUUGUGAACUGA